AUGGAAGGACCUGGCGGGAGGCUACACGUUAAUCCCGAUAGAUGCUACAGCUGGUUAAAUGUGGCAGGGGAUGGCGCGGACAACAAGAAAAAGAAAAGACGACUCGACGGGGACUGUGAAAAUUUCGAGGACGAGCCAAUACCCACGGCGCUAGAUGGAGGCUGGGGGUGGGUUGUCGUACUUGGAGCCUUCACUGUAAGUCUUAUAUGCGAUGGCGUCUCCUACUGCUUCGGUGUCCUUUACUCGGAGCUCCUGGUUCAGUUCAAAGAGAGCAAAAGCAAAACGUCUUUGGUCGGCAGCAUCUUUUUUGGCGUCUCGAUGACUUUGGGGCCGAUGGCCAGCGCACUGACAUCGCGUUACGGCUGCAGGAAGAUGACGGUCAUAGGCGGUCUACUCUCGUGCCUUGGCAUGAUUCUCAGCAUGUUCGCCCCGAGCAUUGAUAUUCUCUGCGUGACGUUCAGCGUCAUCGUCGGAACGGGAUUCUCCUUCUGCUACAUAUCGAGCAUUGUGAUUGUUUCCUUUUACUUCAACAAGAGAAGAUCUCUAGCCACUGGCAUGGCCGUGUGCGGCACAGGGGUCGGAACUUUUACGUUUGCUCCAAUGAUGGAUUACCUCGUGGACACCUACGAUCUAAGAGGCCUAUUUCUGAUCAUGGGAGGGGUGUGUUUGAAUCUUGUAGUCUGUGGCAUGCUCUUCCGACCGCUUCAUUUCACAAGAGCCGAGAGACGAGAUAUGUUUCUGAGGAAAUUCAACGAACUUCCGAAAAGCAGAAAGGAUAUUGAAUUGCAAAGAGAUUCAUUCCAUGUGGAUGUUCUUUCGGCAGAGGACGAGGUUGGGGACACGAUGUCUUUACUGAACGUACCGACAUUUGUAACAAGCAGUGUUUCGACCAAACCUUCCAAGGCUCUAAUGAAAGCGCUAAGAACUGGGAACAACCCUCAUCUGACCUUAAACAGAUACAUGAGCAACGCAAUGGUGCAG